AUAAAGAAAGGAGGAACAAAGAAGAGUUUGUUGGGUUUUUCCAUUUUGUUGUAAUAAGAGGAUAUCAUAUAUUCCAUUGUUCACACUUUCUCUCUCUCUUUUUUUCUCUUUCUCUCUCUUUAUAUACUUGCCCCAUCAAAUAUAUAUAAAAGAAAGAUAUAUAUCAUCAUUUUCUAUAUAAACUCCACCUCUCUAACUCACAGUUCUCUAUCACUCAUCAAACUAUAUAGAGUUAUAUAGCUAGCCAUUUGUUCAAAGUACAACUCCAUUUUUGUGCCAACCCAGAACCACCAAUUUCCCAAUUAAACAGAAAAAUAAAAAAGAGAAAGGAAAGAAAAUAAUUAAUAUAAAGAUAAGAAAUGGGAAGAGGGAGAGUAGAGUUGAAGAGAAUAGAAAACAAGAUCAACAGGCAAGUUACUUUCUCAAAGAGAAGAAAUGGUUUGCUCAAGAAAGCUUAUGAGCUCUCUGUCCUUUGUGAUGCUGAAGUUGCCCUUAUCGUCUUCUCUAGUCGAGGCAAGCUCUAUGAGUUUGGAAGCGCUGGUAUAACUAAAACACUUGAGCGAUACCAGCGUUGUUCCUUCACUCCUCAUGAUAAUAGUAGUGUUGAACGCGAGACACAGAGCUGGUACCACGAAAUUACAAAAUUAAAGACCAAAUAUGAGUCUCUCGAGCGUACUCAAAGGCAUUUGCUUGGUGAAGAUCUCGGACCUCUUAAUGUGAAAGAGUUGCAAAAUCUUGAAAAACAACUUGAAGGAUCUCUUGCACAAGUUAGACAAAAGAAGAUGCAGAUUAUGAUUGAACAAAUGGAAGACCUGCGUAAAAAGGAGCGUCAACUUGGAGACCUUAACAAGCAGCUUAAGAUUAAGCUUGACGCAGAAGGACAAAACCUGAAAGCCAUUCAAAAUCAAAACAUAUGGAACAGUAACUUGGCGUCUGGAAGCACCAGCUUUGCUUUGCAUACUUCUUCUCAGAGCAACAUCACAAUGGACUGCCACCACCUUUCGGAACCCAUUUUACAAAUAGGAUAUCAUCAGUAUGUCCCAGCUGAAGGGACUUCUCAUAGUAUACCAAAGACCAUGUCUGGUUCUGAGACUAACUUCAUGCAAGGAUGGGUGCUUUGAGUGAGUACUGCCACUAUAUAUUUGGACCUUAUAAUUAAUUAAAGAAACAGUAUAACUUUAAUUAAAUCAACUUAUGGUGUUUGUAAUACUUAAUUUCAUUUCUCAUCUUCUACCGAUCGACUCAUUAUUUCUACUAAUUGCAAGGCAGGAGUUAUUAGCCCUUUCGGUUUUUAUCUGUGAUAUGUAAUUCCAAUAAUAUAUUACAUAUAUAUUUAUAUCAUAUGUAAAUGUGUGCAGUAUAUUUAUAUCUAUGUGAUGCUCUAAGUGUCCCUUUAUGGUGAUAUAAGUUUUCAUGAUAAAAAUGAUAUUGGAACAUAUCUUACUUAAGGUACUCUUUUUUGUGAUUUUUUUUUUUAAACAAAAUCUUAAAAUUACAUGUAAACAAAAUAUUAUAUUCCUCAUCAUCACACCCAUAUAUUUUUUGUUCAUAAAAGGUAAUAAUAUUAGGUCGUUCAAAAAUCAACACUAUACCCCCACAUAAUAUAUAUAUACCAUAUCCAUUCAUAAGAUACAAAUUACAAAUUAAGCUAGUAAUAUACAUAGGGGAAAUCCCUCCCCUUGAAAGUUCAUCAAACUGCUGUUAGCUAGAUAUUCUAGCAUCCUUUGAAGCUUGUCAACAAAUUGAACAACAUCAUUAUUAACAAAAGUAAAGGAAACAUCUACCAGUCAGGGGGUCUUCCACUAGACAAUGUGCGAACCACUCGUAGAGAGUCAGUAAGAAUGAUCAGAUUGUCCCAUUGAUGAUCAUAGCCCAAAGCAAGACUAUUUUUAAAGCCUCCAAUUUAGCUGACCAAAGGCUAGUAUUGCACCACCAAAUCUUUCAUCUUUAAAACAUCCAUCAAUAAAAAAAAAAUUUCUUUGCAAGAGAAGUAUGCAGUGUUCUAUUUGUUAGAGGUCUCUGGUAAUAAGGAGUGGAAGUGUAAAGUUGCAUCUCCAAGAAUCUCCCCACAACUUCCUAAACUAGAUUUCCUAUAAUCACAUAGUUAGAAAAAUUAUGGUAAACACACUAUUCUUCCAUUUCCAAAUAACUUCCAUCAAAGGAAAGGCUGUUAUGUUAAGAACUUGUAAACGAGAUAAGGCAUUUCAGAUGAAAUCAACCCACAAAAGUAAAGGUCCACCAAAACCAAAAAGCAUGCAGUCGCAACAGAGCAUCAAAACAAAUAAAUGAAAAGGGUUUUCCUCAUAAACAUGAUAAAAUAAACACUUCUUAUCAUCACGAAAAGAAUACUUAUCUUUGGUAGAAAGAACGCCAGAGACAAUCCUCCAAAUCAUCAUGCUCUAUCUUGGAUUGUCACCAACUCCAAAUAUCCUGAGUAGUGGUAAAUUUAUUCUUUUGAUCUUCUAGAUAGGCACUUUUGAUAGAAAAAAGACCAGAAAGGGAGGCUUUCCAAAUCACAGUAUCAACAUCUAUUUGAGAAAGAAUUUAAUUGUUCCUACUUUUUCCCCAGUUCUUCCCCAAAAAGAAAUUGGAGAAAGUCUUAGUUUCAAGUUCUGGAUCUUCUAAAAAGGAGAUUCCAGGUAUUUUACUUCGAAUAGAUUACAUAAUCUCCCACAAUUCUUCAUAUUCCAUCCACGGGAUCCAAAGCUGUCACCAAAGAUCAAUAUAUUCACUAGUGGCAAUGAUAGUCCAGGCUCCAUCAAGAACGAUCUUUCUAGCCUCAAGAAUAUCAUUCCACAAAAAAUUAUCAGAGUCUAUAGGCUGAACACUCAAAAAUAAUUCAUAGGGGAAAUAUAUAUGUGGCUUUGAGGGAGAUAGUCAAGGGUCUAUUGGAGUUUGAAGUCAAGAAACAAGCAAUUAGCCAAAAGAGCUAGAUAUCUUCCAUACGUCUAAAACUCAAACCUUCACAAGAUUUGAGUUGACAGAGGUGAUCCCAAGAUUUUGCAGCCAGAAAUCUAUUUUAUCCAAAGUUCCAUUCAACCAGUAUCUCCUGAUUGAAGCAUCCAAUUCUCGGUAGGAAGUAAUUAGAAUUUUAACGGUAGACAUAGAGUAGGUUGGGAUAGCAAGAGCAAUAGAGUUUAUAGACACCAUUCUCCCAAUAGUAGACAUAGUCUUCAUUUUCCAUCCUUCCAAUCACUGACAAAGUUUUGAUUUCAGGAAAUCGAAAUCCUUUUUUCUUUUCUU